AUGCUAUUGUCCAGUGCAUUUGACGUGAUCACAUUCAGCAAAUUUAAAAGUGAUCGCUGGGCAUUCCUAGGGGACGAAUAUCCCAAAGGAAUCACUUCACAGGCCGAGGAAGAAGCAUCGAAGAAAAAGAAGAUAGCGCUGCUAAAACAUACUAUUCCCCCUCCUCAGAAAUAUUCUGUCGAGAAGAUGCCCGGAAAGAGCCUCAUGACACAUCUUCCCAGCACAUUGAAAUCGCAACUGGAAGCAUUGUGGGGCAAGCAUGUGAAGGUAAUGGAAGCGAUGAAAGCCAAUAUGAAAAUGUCGCAAGAAGUGAACUCCAAACUGCUUGAGAAUAUCGACCUGGAGAAGAAGAUAAUUGCUGAUGCGAUUGCAAUGCAAAAUCCUUCCACAGACUCAGAGGCAAUGAAUCUAAUAAUGUUGGGAAGUGAGAUGGCUGAGGCAAUGAGUGCAGCGCUGUUGUCUCCGUCAGGAAGCGAUGAAAUGCAACUUGAUGAAAUUUAUGCCAAGGUCCGUUUGUAA